UUGUCUGAACCCAUGGAGGAACUAGAAAUUAGGCGGGUUUUUAGAAAAUGAUCUAGCUAGCCACAUUAAAAUAGUUCAGCUAUUUUAUUGAAUUAAAUAGUUUGUAUUGUACUACGUCGCUAGCUAUAUUAGUUACAAACAUGGCGCCAGGAAAGUGAAUGUCUGUACUUUUUUGUUCUCCCCUAACAGUGAAAUCUAGAUAACGCUGCGUAGCAUGCUAACCUAUCUAGAUAGCUAACCUAGCUAACUUUUGUACACAUUUUCUUUUCCAACUGACAAUGCAAGCGCAGAGAUGUAGGUGAAGAAUUCGUAUGGUUUCAGAGUUAGCUAGCAAUCUAGCGUUAACGAACUGCUUGCUGCUGUAUAUUCAGCCUUUAAUUCCUGACUGAUCUGCAUAAUGGAUUUCGGGAAGGAGAGAGUUGUAGCUUUGGUGGAUAUGGACUGCUUUUACGUGCAGGUGGAACAACGAAUUAACCCUGAGUUGAAGAACAAACCAUGCGUUGUUGCCCAAUACAAGACCUGGAAAGGAGGAGGUAUCAUAGCCGUCAGUUACGAGGCCAGGGCCCACGGUGUCACAAGAAAUAUGUGGGCAGACGACGCCAAAAAAAUAUGCCCAGACCUUCAAGUGGCAAGAGUCAGAGAGUCUCAUGGGAAGGCUGAUCUUACUCGUUACAGGGAAGCCAGUGUGGAGGUGAUUGAGGUAAUGUCCCGCUUUGCAGUCGUUGAGAGAGCCAGUAUCGAUGAAGCCUACAUGGACCUUACUGCCAGUGUAGAGAAGAAAUUGAAAGAUCUGACAACAGCACGAAUUGAACCUCACUUUCUGAAAACCACCUAUGUCCAAGGCUUUCCCCUUCUGAACACUACAGAACUGGCUCAAACUGAAGAUGUGGUAGCGGAUAAAGAGGAACGGAGGUCUCAGGGUCUGCAGCAGUGGUUGGACUCCUUGCCCUGCCCGGAGAUUGGAUGUGCAGGCUAUGCAGAGCUCUGUUUGACCAUGGGAGCACUCAUUGUGGAGGAAAUGAGGGCCGCUGUGAAGGAGCACACAGGUUUCCACUGUUCUGCUGGCAUUUCUCAUAACAAGGUAUUGGCGAAACUUGCAUGUGGCCUCAACAAACCUAAUCGCCAGACGAUCCUGCCUCUGGCAUCAAUACCUGAACUCUUUAGGACUCUUCCCAUCAGUAAAAUACGAAACCUGGGAGGAAAGCUGGGAGCCUCCAUUACGGAAACUCUAGGGGUGGAGAAUAUGGGAGAGCUCACAAAGUUCACACGGGCCCAGCUGGAGGAGCACUUUGGAGAAAAGACUGGACAGUGGCUGUAUGACUUGUGCCGAGGGAUCGAGUUUGAGCCAGUAAAGCCAAGGCAGCUUCCCAAAUCCAUUGGCUGUAGCAAGAACUUCUCAGGAAAGACAGCACUGGAUACAAAAAGCAAGGUUCAGCACUGGCUCCACCAGCUUGCCCUUGAGCUAGAGGAGAGGCUGAAUAAGGAUCGAGAGAUGAAUGGUCGAGUGGCAAAGCUCCUGACCGUAGGUGUCCGUCAGGCCGGGGAUAAAAGACCGAGCAGUUUUUCCCGCUGCUGUGCUUUAGUACGCUAUGAGGCCUCCAAAAUCACCAACGACAGCUUUGCCAUCAUCAAGAGCCUUAAUAUUGCAGGCAGCCACCAGGAGGCAUGGUGUCCUGCGCUUACCUGUCUUCAAUUGUCUGUCAGCAAGUUCAGUGAAGCCCCAUCAGGAGGAAUUGUCAGUUUCCUUAGCAGUGAUGUGGCAUUCACACAGUCUCUUCAGGCCUCCUCUCAGCUGCCUUCCAAAGCAGAAUUGACAUCCAAGAAACCAGGGCCAAUCCAGACCCUUUUCCAAAAAGCUGCUGAAAAGAAAAAAAGAGAGGCAGAGGAAAAUGUGAGGGAAGAAGAACUUAAUGACUUCGUAUCUUCUAGUCAUCCUUUGGUGCCCACAUCUCAGAGCAUCUCUUCUCAGUCUACUGCUGGUCCAUCUCCUCCGAUAGCUGCAGCACGGCCUAGCACUGCAAUUUCUUCUUUUUUCAAAAAGAAGAUUUGGGAGAAGAAACAGUCAGUUCCAAACGGGGUCCCAAGCAGUGAACAGGCAGCUCGGGUAAAAGAAUGGCCUGUAGACUCAGGCUUACAUCAGGUUGAGAGGACACUGCCGAACUCUACAGGUGCAUCAUCCCCUUCAUUUACUGAAGGUGAGAAACUUAAUACAGAGCUCUUCACACACAUUGGUCAUCUGGAACACUCAGAUUCUGAGCAUGCUGGAGAUGACCAUUGCACCUGUGAGCGGUGUGGACAGAAAGUGUUAAUGUGGGAAAUGCCGGAACAUAUGGACUAUCACUUUGCCCUUGACCUACAGAACUCCUUCUCCUCAUUCUCAUCUUCAUUCUCCAACACUGGCCCUCUCAGGGCUGGGACCCCAAAGUCUUCACGUGGAAAGGGCAGGUCCAAAGCCCAGGUUGGACCGCAGGCAAAGAAAGCCAGAGCAAUGGAGAGCACUGCCACUCUGGAUUCCUUCUUCAAGAAGACUUAAUAUUUUAAUCCAAAUGAUCUAACUUUAUUAUGUAGCAUGUACCAUAUCAGAUAAUUUUUUAAAAUUGCCACAUUGUGUAGUGUUUUUACUGGUUCUUCUAAAUAGGCAAGAGUUUGAAUAUUCUUAAACAGGCAUAGUGUCAGGCUAUUUAGCUGACAGAUUUUUUUUUUCUUUGAUGUGCAAAACUCCCAAGAUAUUCCAAGCUAGAAAAUGAUUUUAAUAAUAAUUAUUCAUUUGUGCUCUAUUUUUGCGUCACUGAUAGGGUAUUAUAUUAUUACUGGUAAGAUAGGCAAAACAAGGCUUUUAAAGCAGUAACAUUCUACUAUGACAUCGGAUUUAAAAAAAUAACAUUUAUUUUAGUCAUGUCAGGGAGAGAGCACAGAUUAAACAGGAUGCAACAAUAAAAUUGAUUUAUUUGUGUACUUGGUACCAAUGUACUUGGUUUUUUGUAAGAAAAUUGGGUUCAUGCAUCUAAUAAAAUAUAUAAAGAAUCAAA